AUGUUUACCGACGUUGUUGACAUUGAUGCGUGGCUUUAUUUGCACUGUUACAGGAAACUCAGUAUCACGACGAACCGGCCAGAUGAUGCAUGCCUUCUGAUCGCUUCUGUGGAAAGCGAUGACGAUGUGGCAUCCUUAAAGUAUUGGAAUGCCGGUCGAAACCACGUUCUACUGAACAUUGGAAAAGGGUCGUUGGCUAAUUACCCGAAUGCAAUCGUGGUUUCCGCUUCUUUUCAUCCAAAGUAA